UAGACUCUAAGCAAAAUGGUGCGAUGUCGAGCGAGUCAAGGUGGCACUACUGUUUCGUCCGCGGUAGUGGGACGCUGAACACAAUUAGUGUACCCAGAAAACGUGCAUUUUAAUUGCCUUAUUAUUAUGUUUGGGCCCGUGACCAUUUUUUUGGAAGCGUUAUUUUUAAUGUGAGUCCGUUUGUAGUAAAAUGAACCUCUUGUAUUUUGCGUUUGUGUUGUUGCUGUUAGUGCGAUUCUCGAAAGGACAUGUUAAGGACGAUGAUUGCUGUUCCGGCGAGCAACCGGAGGAAAAAAUGGGGAAGCUGUCAAAUUCUGUGGCGACCUGGCAAGGCUCCUGGACUAUUUAUCCCACGGUAGCUACUUUUUCGUUGCAAACUGCUAUACCUAUGUCUUCUAGAGAACUGGAAGAAGAAACCCGCCAGGCGAGAGGCAAAAACAAAAAAGUGAAGAAAAAGAUCAAGAGGUACAUGCUGCCGCUACUGAUGGCUUACAAGUUGAAGUUUUUCACCCUGAUUCCCGUCCUGAUCGGUGGUUUGGUGCUGCUGACGGGCGCCACUGGGCUAGCCGGGUUUUUCUUCGCGCUUUUCGCGGCAGUGAUGGGACUCAAAAGUGGGGGUGGACACGGACAUUAUUAGAAAAACGCUAUAUCAUCUAAGGCACUUAUUUAUUUAAUUUAUUUCGAUUAUUAUGUACAUAGAAUUGCGUCGUAAAUGCGGGUACUAAUAUUAUGACAA